UUAGAGCGAGACAACACCUCAGAGAACCCAAAUUCCGCGCCAAGAGGUUAGGGUUUCACCGCGAAGAAGAAGAGAGAGCAGAAGCAGCAAUGGAAGCAUACGGUGGUUUCAUGAUUGACGAGAAAGCCGUUAGGGUUGAGAACGCUUUCCUUGAUUUCCUCAAAAGCUUCAAGUCCAGUAGCCAUCGGAACGAACUUUAUUACGAAGCGGAGAUCGAAUUGAUGAAGAGCAAUGACUCCAACACCAUGUUCGUCGAUUUCGACCACGUCAUCAGAUUCAGCGACCUCCUCCAGCAAACCAUUUCCGAUGAAUACUUGAGAUUUGAACCUUAUUUGAAGAACGCCUGCAAGCGGUUAGUUAUGGAUCUCAAGCCGUCAAUUGUAUCCGACGAUAGUCCUGACAAGGACAUCAACAUUGCCUUCUAUAACAUGCCCAUCGUUAAAAGGUUAAGGGAAUUGGGUACAUCAGAGAUCGGAAGGCUUGUGUCUGUGACAGGAGUGGUGACGAGGACGAGUGAGGUUCGACCUGAGCUUCUCCAAGGAACUUUCAAGUGCCUAGAGUGCGGUGGUGUUAUAAAGAAUGUUGAACAGCAAUUCAAGUAUACUGAGCCAACAAUCUGCACAAAUGCUACCUGUAGCAAUCGAACAAGGUGGGUACUGCUGCGCCAGGAGAGCAAAUUUGCUGAUUGGCAGAGGGUCAGAAUGCAGGAGACGUCCAAAGAGAUACCUGCAGGCUCCCUUCCUAGGUCAUUGGAUGUUAUUCUUCGUCAUGAGAUCGUGGAACAGGCCAGGGCUGGCGACACGGUGAUUUUCACAGGUACUGUAGUUGCUAUACCUGACAUAAUGGCAUUGGCAUCUCCGGGAGAGAGAUCAGAGUGCCGCCGUGAUGCUUCUCAACGCAGGGGUUCUACGGCUGGAAAUGAGGGUGUGAGUGGUCUUAAGGCUCUGGGAGUCAGAGACCUCAACUAUCGUCUAGCUUUUAUCGCCAACUCUGUUCAGAUUUGUGAUGGUAGAAGAGAAAUAGACAUCAGGAACAGAAAGAAGGAUGCUGAUGAUGACAAUCAACAGUUUACUGAUCAGGAACUGGAAGAAAUUAAACGAAUGAGGAGCACUCCAGAUUUUUUCACCAAACUUGUCGAAAGCAUUGCUCCAACUGUUUUUGGUCAUCCAGAUAUUAAGAGAGCUAUCCUUCUUAUGCUUUUGGGUGGUGUUCACAAAUUUACUCAUGAAGGCAUCAACCUCAGAGGAGACAUAAACGUUUGUGUUGUUGGAGAUCCCAGCUGUGCAAAAUCUCAAUUUCUUAAGUAUACUUCAGGCAUAGUUCCAAGAUCUGUGUAUACAUCUGGGAAAUCAUCAUCUGCUGCUGGCUUGACUGCAACUGUUGCCAAGGAACCAGAAACUGGGGAGUUUUGUAUUGAGGCUGGUGCUUUGAUGCUUGCAGACAAUGGCAUUUGCUGCAUUGAUGAAUUUGACAAGAUGGACAUCAGAGAUCAGGUUGCAAUUCAUGAGGCAAUGGAACAGCAGACUAUUAGUAUCACAAAAGCAGGAAUACAAGCAACACUUAAUGCUCGUACUUCCAUUCUUGCUGCUGCCAAUCCUGCUGGGGGACGCUAUGAUAAAUCUAAACCACUUAAGUACAAUGUGGCCCUCCCACCAGCUAUACUUUCAAGGUUUGAUCUUGUAUAUGUUAUGAUUGAUGACCCAGACGAUCAGACAGACUACCACAUAGCUCAUCAUAUUGUGAGAGUUCAUCAAAAGCGUGAAGGUGCUCUUGCUCCAGCAUUCACUACAGCAGAACUGAAGCGUUAUAUAGCUUAUGCAAAAAUUCUUAAACCAAAGCUUUCGCCAGAUGCCAGAAAACUAUUGGUAGACUCUUACGUUGCUCUCCGUAGAGGUGAUACAAAUCCUGGGAGUAGGGUUGCAUAUCGUAUGACAGUUAGGCAGUUGGAGGCAUUAAUCAGAUUGUCAGAGGCCAUUGCACGGUGUCAUUUGGACAAUGAGGUACAACCUCGUCAUGUUCGUCUAGCAGUAAAACUGCUGAAAACUUCCAUCAUAAGUGUGGAGUCCAGUGAGAUUGAUCUGUCUGAGUUUCAAGAAGAAAACCAUGAUGAUGGUGCAGGUGGUGGCGAUGGAAAUGAUAAAAAUCGAGAUGCUAAUGACCAAGUGGGGAAUGAUGCAGCAGCUCAGCAAGCUGCCGGAAAUGCUAAUGAUCAAGUGGGAAACGAUGCAACUCAGCAAACUGCUAAUGAUCAAGUGGGAAAUGAUGCAGCUCAGCAACCUGCUGGAAAUAAUGGAAAUUCAGCAGAUGGAUCUAAACCCCAAGUGAGAAAACUCGUUAUGAGUGAUGAAUAUUAUCAGAGAGUUACCAGCGCCCUUAUCAUGCGACUAAGACAGCAUGAAGAGGCUGUUGUGCAAGGAAACGGUUUGUCUGGGAUGAGGCAAAAAGAUUUGAUUCAAUGGUACGUAGACCAACAAAAUGAGAGAAACAACUACAGUUCGAUGGAGGAGGUGCAAGCUGAAAUUUCCAAAAUUAAAGCUAUUAUAGAGAGCUUAAUUCGGAGAGAGGGCCAUUUGAUAGUGGUAGAUGAUGGGCAAGCAGCAGCCGCAGCAGCAGAACCCCCAGGCGCACCAAGAAAUUACCGAAUUUUAGCAGUGGCUCCUAAUUAUGUCAUUGAUUGAGAGCCCAAGGGUGACAGAAAUUGGAAAUUACUUCAUUUUUCUCAUUUACUAUUACUACAGUGACCCACCCAAUGGUUGACUGGCUUGAGCUGCAAAUUGGUUCCUUAUCUGUUGACUGUUUAUAGUGUACUAGAAAGAAAACUGAGCUGCAAAUUGUAUCUAGAGUAUAUUUUGUCCAUUAUUUUAUAGGUCAUUGUCAUCAUCUUUUUACUACUGAGUACUGAAGAGAAACUUAUUGAAGUUUGACUAUGUUCGCAGAUUAGACACCGUAUUUACUAUUUACACGUGCUGAUUAAGAGUUUCAUGAACUGCUUGUUCUCUUUUC